AAGUAGAAGAACUUUGAGCAAAUGCACUAAUAUCAAACAUAAAGUAAUUACUCAAUACAUUACAUCUGUGUGUGGCUUACAAAAACAUGUGUUUGCACGAAAAUUGGUAAGAAGUCGGUGAUGUUUUUGCUGCAAAAGGAUGCCUAAAAUUGUAGCCGUGGUGAUCUAAAGCGAAUAUUUUUAACGCGGUUCAGCGUGUAACUGUUUUCUAAGCGUCGCGAUUAUAAUCGUCAUUUGAAACGCUCGCCUACUGUUAGGAAGGUACAAGUGACAAGUUAAAGACCGUCAUAGGAAGAUGAUAGACACAGAAAAGAUUCCCAUAGGAGGGGACUCCGCCUCUGCAAACAUUGGUGAAAAGAAGAGAGAGAAUGAGAAAAAGAAGAGAUCUCGAGUGAAACAGCUGCUGGCUGAUGUGAAGAAGCAGGUGGAGUUCUGGUUUGGCGAUGUGAAUCUCCACAACGACAAAUUCAUGAAGGGUCUCAUUGAACAGUCCAGGGAUGGAUAUAUUGACAUAUCCAUAUUAACAUCAUUCAACCGAAUGAAGAAGUUGACUACAGAUUUUAAAUUGAUAUCCAGGGCUCUAAAAAAUUCAACAUUUGUAGAGGUCAGUAUUGAGGGAACACGAAUACGACGGAAGUGUCCGCUUGGUGAGAGUCCAAAAGAUGUGGACAGCCGCACCGUUUAUGUGGAGCUGUUGCCAAGGACGGUCAACCACCUUUGGGUGGAGAGAGUGUUUAACAAGUGUGGAAAUGUGAUUUAUGUUAGCAUCCCAAGAUACAAGUCCACAGGACACCCCAAAGGAUUCGCCUUUGUGGAGUUUGAGACAGAAGAGCAGGCACAGAAUGCCAUAGAGAUGCUGAACAAUCCUCCAGAAGGUGCUCCCAGGAAGCCAGGCAUCUUUCCGAAGACUCAUAGCAAAAAACCUAUCCCCUUUGAUGCUGUCCAGGAAACACAAGAAGAGGAAGAGGAUGGUAAGAAAAAGAAGGAAAAAAGUUCUCGAAGUGGGCUUAAAAACAGUGCCGUUCAAGAAGUGGUGGUUGAUAAAGUGAAGGACACAGGAGAAGCCGUAGACGCUGAGGUUACACAUGAGCCAAAGAAACAAUCAACCGAUGAAUUUGCAACCAAAAACCUUGUAAUAAUGACAAGCACAGCAAGCAAGAAAGCAGAGAAGAAGAGGCGAAGAUCGUGCAGUGCUGAUGCGUCAAACGCUGAGAGCCAAGAGGAAAUGCCCUCCAAAAUGAGGAAAGUAGAAGUGGAGGAGAGUGAGAUUAAAGAUUUGUCAACUGAAGGCAAGAAUGAAAAGCAGCUAGAAUCUGAAAAGAAAGAGGAUUCUGUUUUGAAGGCCAAGAGGAAGAGAAAGAAGCAGCAUAAAGAGAGAUUAAAAAUAGGAGAUGAGGUCAUCCCGCUCAGAGUCCUCUCAAAGAAAGAGUGGCUAACACUGAAGCAGGAGUACCUGACAUUGCAGAAGCACUGCAUGGCUACUCUAAAACAGUCAGUUGCUCGGAUCAAUAAGAAGCCAAUUGAGUGUGGCAUCACACAGACUAAAGAGAAUGAAAACAAUGAUUCUUUUAAGGAUACAGCUAAGAAAGAGAUUACUUCUGGCCCUGAAUUUAUGAGUGGAGUCAUUGUCAAAAUUAGCUAUAACCAACCAUUGCCAAACAAGAAGUGCAUCAAGGAUACACUCUCUGAGGUAUCAGCUGUGGCCUAUGUGGAUAUUCUUGAUGGAGAUGCAGAGGGUCACAUACGCUUCAAAAGUCCUGAAGAUGCACAGGCGAUCAUUGCAACUCGAUCAGAACUACAGAAAAAACACAAUUGGAAUCUUGAACUCCUCUCUGGUGACCAUGAGCAGAGGUACUGGCAGAAGAUUUUGGUGGACCGACAAGCAAAGCUUAAUAGACCUAGGGAAAAAAAGCGAGGAACAGAAAGGCUAAUUUCUAAAGCUGAGAAAAUCAAGGAAGCCAAGGAAGCAAGCAUUCAUUUUGAUGACUGAUGGUCUCACUGAGCAAUGAUUUUUUUUUAAUUAUAAAAGCAAUUUCAAAUUGCUUUGACACUGUAUUGUAAAAUAUUUUAUCUUUUAUGCUUUUGUGCGUUUAUGAGACCUGUUACUUAAGUAAUUCUAUGUCUGAUUCAAACUAAGUAGUUUCAGUAAUUAGUGCUAGGAUUUUGCAUUCAAAAUGUUCCUGAAAUGAUUGAAUUAAGUUGCAGAACUAAGAUGUCUGACAUAUCCACCAUUGUUAUUUGUAUACUCAAAGGAUUCUUAGUUUUACUGAUUUUUCAGAAUUUCACAUGUAAUAUGUUUAUUUUGAAUGAGAUAUUUUUUAAGUUGUUAACAUCCAAAUAGGAGUGUGUGAAGAAUGUAUUUAUAUGAUGGAUGUGAUGCUUUCAUCUUGGCCCUUGUCAUUUUAUUUUUUUAUAUAAAACUAUUUUUUGGAAGCAUUGGUGUUCUGGGGUUUGGGGUGGGGUGGGGUACAAUUCUUGGUGGUUACCAUGCUGUCCCAAACUCUGUUCUCUGUUUGAUGUGCAAGAUGCAUUUUAAAGACCUUAUUCAUAGUGCCAUAUUUGAUUUUUGCUGGAAAUGAAAACAAAGCUGUGAGGUCUCUUGAAAUCUUUUCAAUGGCAAGAGUUUUUACAUCUGUCUGCUCUUUGACUCUGUUUUCCCACAAAAUCUGCAUGGGUGGUCCAGAAAGCUGCAAUGUCAUCCUCAAGAGGUUUGUAAACCUUCUUUGCAAGGCUUUUUGAGUGUAAUAGAUCAGGUCAUGUAGUGAUCAGAGAACUUCAUGCUUCCUUGAAAGCUGUUAUGAUUCAACCCUAUAAAAAAAUUUAAAAAACGUGUCUGGUGCAAUGUGAACUUGAAGGGAUAGUUCACCUAGAUAUUAAAAUGAUCUCAUCAUUUACUCACCCUCAUGCCAUCCAGGAUAUGUAUGACUUACCUUCUGCUGAACACAAAGAUUUUAAGAAGAAUAUUUUAGCUC